AUGGCGAACUAUCUAUCCUUGCCAUAUACCGUCACGGGAAGUUUGGUAGUUUUUUCUGCCUAUUACAUAUGGCGCUCCUACUCUUCUCGCCGAUACAAGCUUCCUCCAGGCCCACGACCAGACCCCAUCAUUGGAAACCUCCGUCAAUUUCCUAAAGGUAACCAGCCAGAGGUUUUCAGUGAGUGGGGCAAGGAGUUCGGGGAUGUCGUCUACGUACAGAUAUUUGGGCGGGGUGUAUUGGUGCUGAACUCUAUACGAGCAGUCAAUGACCUACUGGAGAAGAGGGGCUCGAUUUAUUCUGAUAGGCCACGACAGGUCGCUUUUGGCGAACUAUUUGCGGCGGGCACGAUAAUGCAAAUCACAUAUGGUCACGCCGUUGAAUCUAUAGAUGAUCAAUAUAUCAAGCUAGCAGACGACGUAUUGGAUGCAGCUCUCAAUUAUGGUUCUGCAGGAUCAGAGAUUGUGGACCUCAUUCCUGUUUUCACUUCAGUGAAAUAUUUGCCAGAGUGGAUGCCUGGCGCUGGUUUCAAACGACGAGCUGCUGUGGUCCGCAAACUCGUUCGUGCUAUGAUGCAAACACCCUUCGAGAUGGUCAAAAAGAAAAAGGUCGCUGUGACUUUGCAUACCUUCAUACUGGCCAUGGCUAUGCACCCAGACAUUUACAAGAAGGCCCAGGAUGAAAUCGAUCAAGUGACUGGUGCCUCUCGACUCCCGAACAUUGAGGAUAGGCCAGAACUUCCUUACCUAAACUGUAUCAUGAAGGAAGUACACCGGUGGAACCCUCCUGUCCAGCUUGCUUUGCCGCACAAACUCAUGACCAAGGAUGAUGAGUAUCGCGGGUAUUUCAUCCCUCAAGGUACUACAGUGAUCGCAAACGUCCGGGGAAUGUUGCAAGAUCCCGAAAUAUAUCCCGAGCCAGAAAAGUUCCGUCCAGAACGGUUCAUGGAGAUGACCGCAGAAGACGCUGAGCGCUAUGAUCCUCGGGGGCCUGUAUUCGGAUUUGGACGACGUGUAUGUCCAGGAAAAUUGUUUGCAGGCAUGCAAUUCUUCCUUGCAGCCUCGCGUAUCACCGCCACCUUUGAUAUAUUAGCCUUGCCGGACGAACACGGAAAAGGACCCUCUGCAGCCUUCAAUGGUACUAUUGUCAGUCAUCCACGGCCGUUCAAAUGCGACAUCAAGCCUCGUUCUGAGAACUGUCGUCAACUGAUUUUGGAAGAAGAUAGUCAAGCAGGUAUCUCAAAUCCGAGUCAGGUGUACGAGUUUAACAGGCAUAUAUGGUUCCUCUGGAAGAACACGAGGAACCAAACUAGAAUUGAGCUGUUUUAA